CUUGUACAACUUGCUCCGGGGGCCCUGCAAACCCCAGCUAUGGCCCUGUGGAUUGCUAUCGAAAAUUUGAUCACAGAAAUUUCCAUAUGUUUGCUCUUUCUACUUCAUUGAGGCAGACCCACGAAGAAUCGUCCAUUCCCCUAGAAACGAUGCUCCAGUGAAGACUCAGGCGACGUCUCGUCAGAUGAUAUCCACUAACAGGUAUAACAUCCUGAGAGUCUUUUUUCCCCUUUUUUCCCCGGGAAUUACGGAGGAUCACGUUAUGGGAGCCGCGAGUGAGGUAGUGACACAGUGACGUUUCAGCGUGACGUCGGAAGCACAUGUGCGUCAACUAUGGAGCAGCAACCUUUACUGUGAUGUCAAGGAGAGUAGGAGUAGGGGUGGUCUGAAACGACACUGCUUAAGCCUUUCUCCAUUCAUCGCUCAUUAUUCACCGGAUGAACUCUGACCGAGCAAGUCACCUGCUAUCCUUCAUGAUGGACCAAUGGUCAACUGUCCACUGACCCUCCACUGAUCAUCCAGGGGCCACAUCACUCCGUGUGCUCCUCUACACACCUCACGGCAUCAUGGGGGCCAUAGUCCAGAUGCACUUCAGCACAGUGGAUUACGUGAUUUUUGUCGUGCUGCUAGUGGCCUCUGCUGGAAUCGGUCUUUACUAUGCCUUCUCAGGGGGUCGUCAGAGGACCACACAGGAGUUCCUGCUGGCCGACCGCAGCAUGCGCUGCCUUCCGGUGUCCCUUUCACUGCUAGCCACCUUUCAGUCAGCGGUGGCCAUCCUGGGUGCCCCAUCUGAGAUUUACACACAUGGCACGCAGUAUUGGUUCCUGGGCUGCUCCUACUUCCUGGGCCUGCUCAUCCCUGCACACAUUUUCAUACCAGUUUUCUAUCGGCUCCGUCUUAGCAGCGCGUAUCAGUAUCUGGAACUUCGUUUUAGUAAAAGUGUUCGGAUAUGUGGCACUUUGACCUUCAUCUUUCAGAUGGUGAUCUAUAUGGGAGUUGUUCUGUAUGCUCCAGCACUUGCACUUAAUGCAGUAACAGGUUUUGAUCUUUGGGGAGCAGUGCUGGCCAUAGGAUUGGUGUGCACACUUUAUACAGCUCUGGGUGGUCUGAAAGCAGUGAUCUGGACAGAUGUGUUUCAGACAGUUGUUAUGUUUGCGGGGCAGCUUGCAGUGAUUAUAGUUGGUACCCAUCAGGCAGGUGGCAUCACUGAAGUUUGGAGGAAAGCACAAAACGGCAGCCGUAUCUCAGGCCUUGACCUGAACCCCGACCCUUUAGAGAGGCACACAUUCUGGACUCUGGGAGUGGGGGGGGUUUUCCUCAUGCUGGCCCUGUAUGGAGUGAAUCAGGCUCAGGUCCAGAGAUACCUCUGCUCCCGCACAGAGAAAGAGGCCAUCAUGUCCUGUUAUGCGGUGUUCCCAUGCCAGCAGAUCGUGCUCACGUUGGGCUGUUUAAUGGGUCUGGUUAUGUACGCUCGAUAUGGGGAGGAGAGCCCACUGGAUCAGGGCUAUGUCAAAAGCAAUGACCAGAUGGUGCUGUACUUUGUAAUGGAUGUGUUGAGAGAUCUUCCUGGUUUACCAGGACUGUUUGUCGCCUGUCUGUUUAGUGGAGCUCUCAGCACAAUCUCAUCUGCCUUCAACUCCCUAGCAACGGUCACCAUGGAGGAUCUGAUCAAACCUCACGUACGACCCAUGACGGAGGCCCGUGCCACCCUGUUAUCAAAAAUGUUGGCUCUUGCCUAUGGUCUUGUGUGUCUGGCUAUGGCAUACAUCGCCUCUUUAAUGGGCUCUGUGCUGCAGGCAGCACUCAGUAUAUUUGGGAUGGUGGGUGGACCUCUGCUUGGCCUUUUCUGUCUGGGGAUGUUUUUCCCUUGGGCCAAUUCCACUGGUGCUCUGGUUGGGCUGGCAUCAGGGCUGGUCAUGGCUUUCUGGAUCGGUAUCGGCAGCUUUGUUUCACGAAUGUCUGCAUCUGUACCACCGGUGAUAAAUACCACUGUCAUACCUGAUUUGGGAAACAUGACAACAGCUGUGAUGACGACACUCAUCACAUCUAAACCAAGGCCUUCUGGAGUUCAGGCUUUGUACUCUCUAUCAUACAUGUGGUACAGUGCUCAUAAUUCUGCCACAGUUGUAGUGGUGGGACUUCUGGUCAGCUUUCUUACAGGGCCCUGGAAAGAGAAAGAUUUAAACCCAGGUACAAUUUACCCUGUGCUUGGCAAUCUGCUGUUCUUUCUGCCCCAACGCUACAGGGAGAAACUCUGCUGUGUUACUCCACUGGAAGACAAUUCCAAAGGCCCGGACCAUCAGCAUUACCAGAUGGCCCAGAAAGAGAGCAAUGGCGUUGCUUAUACUAAAGAGGAAGACAAGCUCAGGGAAGAGGAAGGAGAAGGAGAAAAGAUAACCGCCCAGCCUACUUGUAACCUUGCUCAUACAGUGCAGGAAACAGCUUUGUGAAAUCUCCCUCACAGCAACAAACCCAAAGGGUCUUAGUUUCCCACAGGCUCUGGGAAGAACAAAAUCUCACAGUUUUCUCCUCUUAAUAAGUUCAUAAGUUGUGGGUUGUGCUGUGGUCCCUUUACAAUAUUGGUACGCUGUGCCCUCAACUGCCAGUGAUUGAGGCGAGGGGUUGUCUUAUUUAUAUGUGAUACUUUAUGAUGUUUAGAUCUUGAACAAAUUGAGAUGCAUUGAGCUGAAGCGACACAAGUGAUCACCUACAUCUUUUAUUUUACAUGUCCUAUAUUGAAUCUCAAGAACACUCGUUGAAUAUUGCUGGUCCGUUAUAAACAUACACACACAAAUCAAAGAAAUCAUGCUGAACGUCAGGUUUAAGAUGAAUGGUUUUCACCAGAAAGACCACAGUUUGCACAAAUCUGUAGUCAUUUCAUGUCAGUGCAAUUCAAGUUUUGGGGUUUUUCUCUCCCAAAGAUUUUGCUUCUUCCAAAGUUCACUACACUAGCAUUUCCAUUCUGUUUGCCUUGGACGCGCUAUUAUCAGUGUGUGUUACCUAAACUGAGUUCAAAGUUAACAGUGACUGAAGAAUAUUGCAAAUUUAAAUGUGGUAAACUUUUAACUUAAUAUUCAUGAAAAGCCCAUCUGCAAGUGAUAGAUACAAUGAAUCUAAUGCAUGUUGAAUCUAGUUUCCUCAUUGAAGCCCAUUGUUUGUGACAAGUGCCUCCUCAUUUGAAUGUAUGAUGUCGUUUUGUGAAUGGAUUGUGCCGCUUCAUCAUCUCAUCCAAAUGGAGCAUGGGCCUGCCCCUGAUAGGACCAUUUUUAAGUGUCUGGACACCUCACUAUUGAAUUCCCAUGAUGCUUUGAGUUGUAAGGGCCUGGCUAACUAUACUUUAGCAUCUCAAAAAAAUAAGUUUUAAAUUUGCCUGGAUUUAAUAUUAUUUUGGUAUGGAUGAUUUUUUAGAAAACGGUCAUGUUAGAACUGUUCUUCGUGAUGUAGACAAGCUCUUUAAAUGUUAUAAUAGCCUAUUCAAAUGUUUGAUCUUAGAUAUAGAUGAUACUCGUUAUAGUAUCAAGACUAACUAUUCUAGAAUUGAAACCUCAGUGCGAGUUACUGACCAUAAUUCUCAGUAUUAGCAUAUGGAUCGAUUUGGUUGCACUAGUUUUCUUGUCAUUUGAUUUUUUUUUUUAUGCUAUAGUGCCAUUUUUUUGUGCUUUGCUGUCUAGUCUAAUUUUAGACCUCAGUCUAAGCCAUACCAUUUGUAGUUGCUGUAGGAUUCCUAAGUCAUUGUAUUGUGCCUAUGACUGGAAUGAAAGCUUUCUCUAAACCGGUCACAAUCUCACAAGCACAGGCAGUCAGUUAUAUAUUCAGGUUAUGCGCUCUGGGUCAACGGUUUGUGGAAGUCUCACAUCUACUGGCAUUUCUUUUUUUGUUUUGUUUUUAUUGUGGGUGUAUCAUCUUGGUCUGGCGACAGGUUUCAGUUUAACAUUCAUCUCCAAAGAAUCAUCCUAUGUGGAAGCAUGUUCAUCACAUAUGGAGACACAAUAAGUCGGUUCACACAGAAUGCGCUUUUCCCUUCCAGUGUGGUGUUUUUAAAAUUAGUUUCCAAAGUAAACGCACUGUUUGCGUACGUAACUCACUGCUUUUUCAGCAUCGAACUCAUGAGCGAUGCGUUUUUACACUUUUACAAUUAGUUAAAAUUAAAAUGCUAAAAUAAAAGCAUUCACAAAAUUUUUUAAAAGUUAUUGCUAUCGAAUGAUUAAUCGUGAUUAAUCGCAUCCCAGGUAAGUUUUUGUUCACAUAAAAAUAUAUCCGUGUGUACUGCGUAUAUUUAUAAUGUAUAUAUAAAUGCAAAUAGAUGCAUGUAUAUAUUUAAGAAAAAUAUGUAGUUUAUAUAUUAAAUAUAUUUAUAUACAUAAGUAUACACAGUACGCAAACAUAUUAUGUAAACAAAAACUUUUAUUUUGGAUGCAAAUAUACACGAUUAAUCGUUUAAUGGCACUAGUUAAAAUAAAGAGGCUUGAAACCCUGUGUUUUUCCCAUUUUGGAACACUUGCUUUUUUAAACGCAAGAAAAACUGACAUCUUUUUUUGGCUGUGCCAUUUCUCACUUGUUCACUUUUCAUUCAGUUUGAUUUCAUAAUGCUCAAUCUUUCUUUUUUAAGCGACAUAUGCAAUGAACACCAUAUAUUUAGGACACUUCAUGUUAAAUUGCCUUCAAUUCCAUUAAUGUUGUUAUUUUUGAACGCAAGUGGACAUGCUGUAUAAACAGCCCCAAGGGUUUUACUUUUAGUUGAGUGAUGACUGCUCUACAUUUCUUAUGAGCUCCAGAAAUGUAUUCACAGCAAUGAAUUAUGACAUACAUUUUUAACAGUAUUAGAUGCAAAAUUAAACAUUUGUUAGUUUGGGGAUAGUAGUUGCUGUCAAACAUCUCCUAUGGAAUAGAUAUGAAUUUGAUGUUCAGUCAUUCUUUAACACGCAAUGACACAAUUUUUUAAUCCAUCCAGUUCUGUAUAUUAGAAUAAUCACAUUCUGGUGUGAAAAUUUGAGCAUUCCAAUCAAAGGGCCCAAUACAGAUCAUCUCUUUAUUGUAAAAUGCAAACAUAGCUUGAUUUCUCAUAAGUUUGGUCAUUCAUUCACAUUCAUUGUGUAGAAGACAUUUUGUUUUCCAUAAUUAGUGUCAUAAUGUAUGUAUGUGUAAGACUUGAUCAUGUAGAGUUGCCAUCUGUCAUACCUGAAAUUACUUGAAUUAUGUGUGCACAAUGCUUUAAAACACCCAUAUGUCUAGAACACUUGCAUUUACAGACUGAAUAUUGCAUCAGAAUUGUUCCACUGAUCAUUUCUCUUUGUCCUGAGAAUGUCUUAAUUCUGAAUGCAUUUCCCCUGUGAGCGAUCAAAGGAGGAAUAAAUCACAAGCACAUUUUAAAACUGCCUACAACAGGACAAAUUGUUAAGGCACAGGCAGGGAUUGACCUAUUAUAAACUAUGCUGUCCUACAAUCUAAAACUGUGUAACCCUAAGAGAACUGACCUUGGGGGGCCUAUGUGGACUCUACUGUGAGAAUAGUUUUUUAUGAUAUUUUUAAAUACUUAUUUUCUAUGGAAAGCGCAACUCUUGUUAGUGCAAAAUAAAUAUUUCAAUACAUAAUAUUUAUGGUUGUAUAAAUAUUAUGAGAAUAUUUAUUUUUUUAUAGAAGUUUUCCUAUUUUAAUUUCCCAGAUAUGCAUUCCAGAAAACCAUAAGCAAUGGAGUCUGACCAGCUUCAUUGCUUUGGUCGUGCCUUCACUUAGCGUCUCUUUAUUUGAUUGGUCAUGAAAGUUCACGCCAAGAACUUUCCAUUAUGUGGAAAAAGAGGAAAUUGCAUUGGCCAGCAGAGCAUCUAUAAGCGAUGAUACUUUUAUUUAUAUAGAUGAAUGCAGAAUAGAAGAACAGAUAUACUUAGCCACUCUAGUGGGCAUUACUUUGAAUCAUGAACACUCAUUUUUCCUCUUAAUGAAUUGUUUGUAAUGAAAAAGUGGUAUUAAAUUUGUCUUGAUAACAAUAAAAAUGUCUUCCUGACAGUC